GCAAUCUUCCGCCCGAUUCCCGCCGCCGCCACGCGCCGCUGCCUCGCUCCAUCGCACUCCCGUGCCGCCACCCCGCCAGCGCUCCCUCACCACGCGCUGCCCGGCCGCAGAAUGCAGCAGGCAAAACCCUAGGCUAGGGUUUCCGCUGGGAUUUGUCGUGCCCGCUCGUCGAUUCGCCAUCUUCGGCCGCUGCGCCUCGGCUUCCUCACCUCCGGCCAGAGGCACGGCAUUUGGGCCCGCCCGAGCUCGGAUUUUGGGCCGGAUCAAACACGGCGCCAGGAACGCCCGCCGCCGUACCAGCAACCGCAGCUCGCUAGGGUUUCCACCACCGCCGAAGCCGCCGACGUGGCCGUCAAGUUCAAGUCUUUGGCGUCGCAAUAAAAAAAUAAAAUCUUUGGCGUCCUCCCUCCCAGCCCAGCCGCUCCGCGCUCGCGCUCCGCUUCCUCCACCACCGCUCGCCUAAUUCGCCGCCGCCGCCCGCUUCUGAAGCCUCUCGCGCACGCUCGCGCACGCUCGCGCAGGCAGCCAUGGCGAAGGAGGAUCUGGCCGCGGAGGCCGGCGAGAAGCAGGAGCCGACGCCGCGCCUGGCGUCGACGUUCGCGGAGCUGGGCAUCUGCAAGGAGCUGGUGGAGGCGUGCGACCUCAUGGGGUGGAAGGAGCCCACCAGGAUCCAGGCCGAGUCCAUCCCCCACGCCCUCCAAGGGAAGGACCUCAUCGCGCUGGCGCAGACGGGGUCGGGGAAGACGGGCGCGUUCGCGCUGCCCAUUCUGCAGGAGCUGCUCGAGAACCGCGACGUGCAGCAUCCUUUCUUCGCCUGCGUGCUGUCCCCAACGAGGGAGCUGGCGAUUCAGAUUGCGGAGCAGUUUGAGGCGCUCGGAGCAGCAAUCGGUUUGCGAUGCUUAGUGCUUGUUGGUGGAGUGGAUCGGAUGCAGCAGGUGUUAGCCAUUGGAAAACGUCCUCAUAUUGUUGUUGGAACUCCUGGGCGUCUUUUGGAUCAUUUGACAGAUACUAAAGGUUUUAGCCUUAAGAAAAUCAAGUAUUUGGUAUUGGAUGAAGCUGAUAAAUUACUUAAUGUGGAGUUUGAGAAAGCCCUUGAUGACAUUCUAAAAGAGAUACCUAAAGACAGGAGAACUUUCCUCUUUUCAGCGACCAUGACCAAAAAGGUAAAUAAACUGCAACGGGCUUGUCUCAGGAAUCCUGCUAAGGUUGAAGCGGCCUCAAAAUAUUCUACAGUAGAUUCACUUAAACAAGAAUUCUAUUUCGUUCCUGCAGAUUACAAGGAUUGUUAUCUUCUUCAUGUUCUGAAUGAGAGGCGAGAGAGCAUGAUCAUGAUCUUUGUGCGCACCUGUGAAUCUACUAGGCUCCUUGCUCUCAUGCUAAGGAAUCUUGGUUUGAAAGCUAUGUCUAUCAGUGGCCAAAUGAGUCAGGAUAAGAGGUUGGGUGCUUUAAACAGGUUCAAAGCGAAAGAUUGCAAUAUCCUUAUUUGCACUGACGUGGCAAGUCGUGGUCUUGACAUUCAAGGAGUCGAUAUGGUCAUCAACUAUGAUAUUCCAAUGAAUUCUAAGGAUUAUAUUCAUCGGGUGGGUAGGACUGCACGUGCAGGGAGAUCAGGCUAUGCUGUAUCUUUGGUGAAUCAAUAUGAAGCCCAAUGGUUUGUGCUGAUUGAGCAGCUACUUGGCAAGAAAAUUGACCAGUGUAAGGUGGACCCAGAUGAAAUCAUGAUACUUAAAGAGCCCAUAUCAGAUGCAAAGAGAAUUGCUCUAACGAAAAUGAAGGAUUCCGGUGGCCGCAAGAAGCGGAGAAAGGUGGGAGAUGACGAUGACGAGGUAGAAGACCAUGCUCAUUCUAAAAGAUCAAAACCCUUCAAGAAAUCUAACAGACGAUGAAAGCUCUGGAGUUUGCCCUGCUGAGUUGGAAUCCAUGUGUACAGCUCCUCGAAUGUUAGUCCAUUUUGCAUUUUUGUGCGACACCGUUUCAGUGCCAACCCUGUGGAUUGGCUGUGAUGCACCUGCAAGUCGUCCAAUUUUGUCGCCUCAAACCAUGUUAUGAAGAAAAGAAAACUAGUUAUAUUUGUUCAUUAUUGGUGAAAGUUGAUGGACACUGCUGCCUGUAUUAUUCUUGUGCCCCAAGUCGUAGGCAGCUCCGCCUGGCUUUCAAGUUUAGGCGACAAUAAGAGAAUUUAGGUGAGACUC